UGGGACUCCCAAUCAUGCCCGGUUGUGAUACAGCCUGGAUUCGAAUCAGGAUGUCUGACGCCUCUAGCACUGAGAUACAGUGCCUUAGACCGCUGCGCCAGUCGGGAGCCCAUUUAAAUUGAGUUCAGUCACACAGUCAGAGGGUCCAGAGUCACAUCUAUCUCAUUCUCUCAUCCUAUCUGAGACACGAUGCAUCUCUUCUGGUGGAUCACCCACAUCUUUCUAUCCCUCCCUUCUCUCCUCUCUCUAGUCCAAUCCCUCACAUGCGACAAUGAGACACAGUAUGCUUGGCCACUGCAUGUAAGCCAAUGGUGCUGCGACAAGUGUCCACCAGGUCAGCAUCUGGUGGGACGCUGCACUGGUCAGAACAGCCCUACCCAGUGUACUGACUGCGAUAGCGGCUACUACUCAGACAGCUACAACUUCAACAUAGGUUGCAAAUCCUGCGAUGGCUGCAGCAUGAGUGAGCUGCAGUAUGUAUCUCGCUGUUCCACCAAGCAGAAUGAUGUGUGCAGCUGUAAACCAGGCUACCGCUGCAGAGGCAGUGGCACCUGUCUGGACUGUGAGGAGAUCCCCAGCCCGAACACACCCAAACUCAUACCGACACCUCCCAUCAUGCCAGCUACAGUGUCAAACCACUCGGUUGCUGGUAUCUCUAAUCAUAGACCUAAACCUGUCACCAAACCUGGGCCCAUCACAAAUCUAAACCGAGAUGAUAGCAAGUGGCUCCCGGUGUGUGUGUCUGCAGUGUGUGUGUGUCUACUGCUCACCUGCCUUGUUGCCAUAUCAAAGCUCAAACCUUUUCUGCGAUGGAUUGGUUCAACAAACAGCUUCUGGUCUCCCAAAAAGACUACUCCAGCGAAUCAGAGCACAGCGGAGGAGGAAGUGCCCAUGCCGGUCCAGGAAGUGUGUGGAAAGCCAGAGCUGCUACUGGACGUAUGAUGGAGGAAGUGGGUGUCGAAGGAGAGGAUGAGAACUCACAAGCGAGCUGGGAGACAAACAGACUACCUCACAUUCCCAUUGAAGUGAAACUAACCUGAAGGCUAGACAGGCUGCUGUAUUGGUUUAAUGCAGUGGCUUCUGUAUCUAGGACUUUCAGAAAGGACAAGAAAAUAGGACAAAAAGACACUUUGAAGUAUGAAGAUACAGGCUAAAGAUGAGUGGGAGUCUGUGACCGAGAAAGAGCAGAAGGAGAGUGAGAAACGAAGAGUGAACAAGAGACACAGAGAGAGACAGACACACACACACACACAAACAUUUGUGUGCUGAAUACAUGUACUGUACAUGUUUAUGUUGAAGAUGUUUUACACCUUCAUUACAAUUAUGAUUUUUGCUGUAUCUAUGCUUUAUGCCAGUGUUUACUCUUACAUAGUAGUGGCUGUUUAAAACAUACAGUGCUGUAUUUUAAAUAAAGAACAGAUUCACAAAUGUGA